AUGGACCGUGAGGAGGCUAAGGAGCGAUCUCGAGAUGUGGAGCGCAAGGCGGAUCAAGAUUUGGUCUUAAAGCUUGCAGAGGCCAAAGAACGACAGCGCGAGGCGGACCGGAAGGCUGAGCGCGAAGAGGCCCAGUUAGCCAGACUGGAGGAGGCUCGUCGAUACGAGGCGGCUCAGGCCCGCCAGGAGCAGUCCCGCCAGGCAUACGAUGCGGCGAUGUUAGCUAUCUUGGGAAACUUGGGUGCCAGAGGGCCGUGA